AUGGCAAGCGAGAAGGGAGGAUGUCAAACCAAGAACACUGUGCGCAUCAAGGGGGAAAAUGAAGAAGAAAAGGAGAUUAUUCCACUUGACCAAGAUGACAUUGCUCUAUUGAAACUAUAUGGCUCGGGACCAUACCACGCCACGGUGAAGGAGUUGGAGGAGUUUGUGAAGACAAAGGCAGAGGCGGUUAACAAACUCGCUGGCACACGGGAUAAUGAACUUGGACUUGCACCACCCGUACAGUGGGAUCUAAACAGUGACCAGGAGGUGAUGCGGUCUGAGAACUCCCUUCAUGUUGCUCGUUGCACCCGUAUCAUAAACAAAGGUCAGGACGAUGCGAAGUACGUUGUAGCCAUUCGUGACACAGCCAAGUACGUGGUGAAACUUGGCAACCGCGUGGCCCGUCAGGACAUUGAGGAAUCCAUGCGUGUGGGUGUGUUAGUUGGGUAUUCCAGCAUUCACAUCGAAAUACCCCUCCCACCUCGUGUUGACCCGUCUGUAUCGAUGAUGCAGGUAGAAGAAAAGCCAGACGUUACAUAUAAUGAUGUGGGUGGAGCAAAGGAGCAGAUCGACCGCAUUCGGGAGGUCGUGGAAUUACCCCUCACUAACCCAGAGAAAUACACACAGCUUGGUAUAGAUCCACCGAAGGGUGUGUUGCUCUACGGUCCACCGGGGACGGGGAAGACGCUCUUAGCGAAGGCUGUCGCCAACCGUACGGACGCGACUUUUAUUCGUGUGAUUGGUUCCGAGCUGGUUCAGCGUUAUAUUGGUGAGGGUGCCCGAAUGAUUCGGGAGAUUUUUCAGCUUGCAAGGACCAAGAAGGCAGCCAUCAUUUUCUUUGAUGAAGUGGAUGCUGUUGGUGGUGCUCGAGGUGGUGGUGAUGGUGACGACGAAAUUCAGCGAACGAUGCUUGAGAUGGUGAACCAGAUGGAUGGCUUCGACUCACGUGGUAAUAUAAAGGUUAUAAUGGCAACGAACCGUCCUGAUACGUUAGACCCCGCCCUCACACGCCCAGGUCGCAUGGACCGCAAACUUGAGGUUGGUCUGCCGGAUCUGGAGGGUCGAACAAAGAUCCUUCGCAUCCACGCCAAGUCACUCUCGUGUGAGAAGGCGAUCAGGUUCGAACUGAUUGCGAGGUUGUGCCCGAACGCAACGGGUGCCGAUUUGAGGUCGGUCUGUACGGAAGCAGGCAUGUUUGCCAUCAGGGCGCGCCGCAAGACAAUUAACGAGAAAGACUUCUUGGAUGCCGUUAACAAAGUGAUUAAGGGCCACCAUAAGUUCAGCGCAACAGCCAAAUACAUGGUGUACAACUAA